UGACAUCACGGCAAGUUUGGGGAGGUGAAAGGUCACCGGCAGCUGUAACAGGAAGGAAAGGAGAAGGCAAAGAGAAAACUGAAACCGCUGGAGUGAGGAGCAGCGGUGCACCGUCCUCCGGGCUUGUCGCAGCUGGCGACAGGAACACCUUGACGAGGUGUCCCUGCAGCUGGACCUGCUGUCGUGCACAACACCGAAAGAGCGAGCAGCCCCCUGUCUGUUCUUGUUAUUGCUAGAGAUAAGCCUGUCUUGGCAGUUUAUCGGGCUGGAGUUCUAAGUGUUGACAGCUCCGUGGAGAUGCGUUGUCGAAAAAACUAGUAGUUUUCAUCCACAAUCCUGUUUUCUAAAGUGAGAAAUGUCGAUGUACUUAUUUCCCGGUCUUAAGUACUUUUUAUAUUCGUUUUCUCGUUUGACUGCGAGUCGGACACCAUUGUUCGUCUCCUAAGACCUGCAGCUGUCCUGUUUCCGUUGAAGUCAAACUUUUUUGCUAAUGGCCGGCACGAAGCUUGAACGGACGAUCUGCCGAUAAACAAAAAGGCGUGAUUCGCAGCUACGCAAACACAGUGCUGUAGUACGGGACCCCUCUCCAUGUGGGCUGCUUGGCUGGGUCCGGCUCUUCUGGUGGUCGUGGUGUCGGCCAUGGCGCUGCUCUGGAGAGACAUAGCCUGGAGAGCCAAGGGUCAGCGGAGGUCGCUGGGCAGCCUGCUCAACCACUACCUGGGCGUGCGGGUGCUGGGCUGGCUGGGCCGGAGGCAGCGCCGGCGCCUGGAGUCCGAUACCAGGGCUGUGCAGCGGGUCCAGGAGGAGACCUUGCUGGGGCGCCUGCGGAAGAACGCGGAGACCUCCUACGGGCGCCUGCACGGUUUCGGCUCGAUUCAAGACGGCGAAGAGUUUCGCGCGCGCCACCCGCUGACGGGCUACGAGGACUACAGGGAGCUGGUGGAGCGUGUGGCGGGCGGGGAGGUGGGGGCGCUGACGGCGGAGAGGCCCAGCGUCCUGGCCCUGACCUCCGGGACCUCCGGCUCCUGCCGCAUGCUGCUGAGCACCAGGGACACCAGCACUGAGUUCUUCCUGCAGGGCGUGGCGGUGUGCCUGGAUGCCAUGCAGAGGGCCCAUCCGGGCACCCAGAGCCUGCAGAGGACAGCCAAGUUUUUCUACAACCCAACCUGGCGCCAGUCGGAAGCGGGCAUCCCCAUCGGCCCCAACUCCUCCACCCCGAGGAGCUCUCGCCAGCUCCUCAGCCUCUACACCACCCCCGCGCCAGCCUUCGAGGUGCCCACCGAGCCAGAGGCUCUCUACCUGCACCUCCUCUUUGCUGUCAAGGACCCCUCGCUGGGCACCCUGGAGUCCAACUUCGCCUCCACCAUCUACUACGCCUUCUGCGCCCUGCAGGAGCGCUGGCGAGAGCUGGCCGAGGACGUGGAGCUGGGCCGGGUCCGGCCCGAGCUGGCCGUCCCGCAGGAGGUCCGGCGCGACCUGGACUCGCGGUGCCAUAUUAAACAGCCGAACCGAAAUCAGGGUGUAAAAAACGGAAACAUUUUUGUUUUGCACUCUCCCAGGUAUCGUCUUGGGGACGUGGUGAGAGUGGUCGGAUUCCACAAUCAGUGCCCAGUGGUAGAAUUUCAGUACAGACGCGGACAGAUGUUGAGUGUGAGAGGGGAGAAGGUGUCCGAGGAGCUGUUUUACGGCGCCCUGCAGCGCGCGGUCAGUCUCUGGCCAGGAGCCGAGCUCGUCGACUACUGCUGUGCGGAGAGCGGCAUUCUGGGACAUUUCUCCGGAGGCUCGGAUCCCCACUACCAGGUGUUCCUGGAGCUAAGAGGGGUGAGGAAUCUGUCUGAGGAGCAGCGCUACAAGCUGGAUCACUGUCUCCAGGAAGACUCCGCCAUCUAUAAAUCAUUCAGGUUCAAAGGCAGCAUCGGGCCAAUGAGGGUGCAGCUGGUGAGGGGCGGGGCUUUCCAGGAGCUGCGGAGUCACAUGCUAGCGUCCUCGCAGGCCUGCCCCAACACAUUCAAAAUGCACCGCGUCCUGCGCAGGAAGGAGUUCGUGCAGUUCAUCCAGGGAAGGAUCAUCUCCUGAUUGGACAGGCGGUGGGACAAACUCCCCUGCUUGGCCCGAGCUCCUCUUGUCAGCGAGCUCGACUUGGCGUUUGUUGUCCCUGCAGCACGGAGAGACGCAAGCCUUUCCUUUUUCAUAAUGAUCAGACUUUGUGCCACUGAAGGUGUCAUCUAAUGCCUUUUUUUAUUGAUCAGUCACCUUUUAUCCUGGAUUUGUAAGGUGAUGCAGUCACUCAUUAAAAAAACAACCCAGAGGAUUCGGUUAAAUUCCGGUUAUUUUUAUAUAGCGCCUUUCACAACAAGGUUGCCCACAGGCACUGAACAAGGCUGUGUGACAAUACUUGACGUUGCAAUACAGAAAGAGAAAAAGCCAGAAGACAACGGAGGAGAGGAGCCAAAAACUCCUCUGUAAGGAGAAAGAAAACCUCUGGGGGUCCAAGGUCAACUGGCUGCCCAACCCCUCUGGGCAUGCUGACAUUAUACACUUCUAAAAACAAGUACUACGUGUGGAGUAUUAAGCCUUCCAUCAUGUGCUUCUGUGUGCCAGUACUCCAUGCAGAUCUCUGUAGACCAGUAAAUCAAGCCCCUUUACCACAGUGGCCUGUCUGCUGUCGUCUUCCCAUGAGAUAGCCAGUAUAAGAUUGGUAUUGACAAUUGCUUAAUUGGUUAUGUUUUUGCUUUAAAUUCUUUAAGUCCUCCAUUUCUUCAAUGUUAGAAUUCCUUCCUUCAUUCCAGAGCCCAGAGCCUGGAGCCUGUGUCUGCAGUUGUCUUGACCCGUACAGUCGGUUGUCACGCAGGCUGAAGGGGAACUGAUAGCCGUGCCACAGAGAUGGGUAGUGUGGCCAGCAGUGUUUUCAGGAAGGGGAGAGAACAAGUUUGAGAGUCGUCUUCUAGCAUAACGGUUGUCAACACCACAGUGAUCUGAAGAUUCUGGUCCAGUUGGGCUUCUCCCACACAUCUGGACAGUGUGGGGCCCUGGUCACCCAGCGCUCUGUCUUCUACAGCUGUCCUCUGGAACCCGUCAAAUAACCAAAGAUGAAAAAGGCCUGGAUCAACCACAAUCCAGCGUUAAAUGCCGUGGCGGUUUAAAAGUUUUCUUGAUGGAUCAGUGUUUCGUUUGUUGAACAAGUUUUAACCGGCUGCUCUUUGUGCAAUGUUAAUGAACAGUCUGGUCUCUCUCUUGGAAAAGAAUUUGAGCUCCUGGGUUUACUGGACCUGUUUCAGUGUGCAGUGCCUGGGAUUUACAGUGCUGAUUAACCAGUGCAAGUCAGAUAAUAACCCCAGUCACGUCCUGUUUGGGUAUUUUUGGAAGCGUACCGCAGUGUACGCUGACUCAUAACGUAACUUGUUCUGUUGACGAGAAGCACUUUGCUGCUGAAGUCACCAACAGAAAGCACUGGGUGUUUUCUACAAGGGCACCUCUGAACUCGGGUGACCUGGGUGUCAAGUGUAAGUGUUUUUACACAGGCAGCUUCCUUCCUGCCAAGUUUGCAGAUUCCGUUGUGUUUUGAAGGUGUUGUUGGAGAUUUACUGCCUUUAUCUCCUUCAGUCCUGCUGCAGAGCACAGAGAACGCAGCCGGGUCAUGAGCCUGUGUUGGAACCACAAUCACGAGGGGAACUAGCAAAACCAGUGACUCUUCAUCAUUUCCACUUCUAAUCAUUACUCAUCCUCUUAAUUACCAGCUCCUCACCUGUACCCUCUGCCGGUGUGGAGUGGUGAGCAUCAUUAGUUGCUAAUGGUGACAUUAGUUUAAAAUGAGUUGUUCACACCCGAGGACUAAACUGUAAUAUCAAGUAUACUGUAUUUCUGUGCAUUUCUGCUGCUUAUGUUUUCUAACUCUACAAAUUCAAAAUAAAUGUCCCCAGGUACAUGCAGUACCUGACUAAGAUUCGGCAGGUGACUUUGUAAGCACAAUCUGCAAAUGUAUUUACUAUGCAUGCCCAUCUCAAAAUUCUUUUUAACUUUUCUCCAGAAAAUAACAAAAUAGCUGGACAUUGUUUAAAUAAUUGCUUUCAUUAAAACCCCGAAUACUUCAGCCAUUCAUUUGUAAACGAGGAGAAUUUGAAAAGAAACGCCUGCAGCGUUAGGGAAAAAAAACCCCAUUAGAACUGAAUGCAAAGUAUGGAAUGAAUGUCCGCUGGGGGACGGCUGGGGGAUCGCCCCCGCUGCAGUCGGUCCUGUUCUUAGCUAACCUUUCAUGAUGAGAUCUGUUUGGCGACAGCACAGAGAUUGGCUGUCUGCAAGACCGCUCCUGCCAAAAUCACCCGGUUACAAGUUCUGGUGUUCAAGAGAGACGAUCACACAUGGGGACAAAGCGUGAAAGCGCAAGAAUUGGCAAGUCCUACGGAUUUUUAUGUCGGCUUUUUGCGCUUUGAAAUGCAGGGAAAAUGUUGUUUAACAUAAAUGCUAAACAGAAUAUUGCAAGUGCCUCGGGGAGAGUCUUCAACAGCACAUACCGAGAGCAUUACAUAACUUUAACUGCCGUGCGCCAGCGAGCAAGGUGCCUUAUCAACCCCGUCUGAGCGCUCUUCAUGUGCCCCACGUUUUCACAUUCAACGUUUCUGGAGUUCAGAGCCUCUGAUGUGAGAGACAGGCGGCGAGCUGUGAAAACAUUCCCGUCGUCUUCGCGAAGAGACGCCGGACUGCGACAGCGGGUUUUUUCUCCCCGCUCACUUGACUACCCCGCUUCAAAUGUUAAACGAGAGAAGAUGAACGUCGUGGCGUUGCCUUCUGUAUAAAAACAUAACGGCCUCAAAAUAUUUCAUUUCGGCCUGUGCAGCGCUUUUCGUCCUCAAGGACGCCAAAACGCUUCUCCUAUAGAAGGGGAUCCAAUUUAUCACUUCACACACCUGGGUAGCGCCCAGCAGCAAUUACACCCUAACAACACCACUCAGGCAGUGGAGACAAGUUCCAAAAUGAACAGCAGGGCUCCUCUAAUUUUCUCUUUUUUCCCCACCAGCGUCAAAUGCUGAUUGUGUUUAUAUCGCAUACCUACAGAAACCUUUAAAGCACCUGGGCGAAAUGAGGUAGUCACCGCUAGAGGGCACUGUUGAUAGCUUUCUAGGAACACCCUGAUUUUUGACUGACAUCAAAGUAUUAAUUUGCUGACUAUAAGAUUGUUUCUGAUGUUUAUCCCUUUUUUUUAACUGUCUGUUGUCCACGGUUUAAAAAUGUAAAAAUAAGCAUGGUAAAUUAGAAAAGCUUCGAGUUUGAGCGUUGACGGCAUUCACUAUGUAAAUUCCCCUCGGGACAAUACCGAGCUCAGAACGUGUAAAUAAUUAAUAAACAGUCGAGAAAGAA